CACCAUCUUCAGUGCAAAACGAAAAGAUACAAUAGAAAUAGCAAUCAAAUCACUUUACAAAACACUCGGCUGUGCCAUCUGUUCAAUAAUCAACAAAGUGGUUUAUGAAACAGAGGUGAGUUAUGAGCGAACGAUAAAGGACAAUUCGGAGUUGAAGAAUUUAAAAGAGCCGGUGGUGGAUAAGAUAUGUGAGAAAUGCGGACAUGACCAGAUGAGUUAUACUUGUCGUCAGACGCGAUCAGCUGACGAGGGGCAGACCGUGUUCUAUACGUGUCUUAAAUGUAAGCAUUCUAUAGAAUACUCCUGA